UCCAAAAACAAAAUUCACAAUUUUGCUAAAAUGGUGAAACCUAAAGGAAAUAAAGAGAAAAAAGAUAACGGGGAGCGUUACAAAGGUGUAAGGAUGAGGAAAUGGGGAAAGUGGGUAGCAGAAGUACGGCAACCAAAGAGCCGUGAGAGAAUAUGGUUAGGAUCAUACGAUACGGCGGAGGAAGCGGCGAGAGCUUACGAUGCGGCGGUGGUUUGCUUACGUGGACCGUCGGCGACGAUUAAUUUUCCAAAUAACCCUCCACUCAUUCCGUCGUCAGCGGUUGAUUGUGAUCAACAGUUGUCGCCGUCGCAAAUUCAAGUGGCGGCGUCGAGACAUGCGCGUAGAGUAGUUUGUGAAUCAGCUGUUGUGGAUUCUAGAUUACCAGCUGUGGAAACUGUGUUUUUUAGAGAUAAUAAUUCAGAGUUUGGUUGUUCUUCUUAUAAUGUCGAUUGCUAUAAUUUGGCUACGACGGAUAAAACAAGUAGUGGAGAUGGUGAAGUUUUGCAUGAUGAUUUAUUUGAUAGUGCUAGAAUGUGGACUUUCUGAUAAAUAAAUAAAAAAAGCAUUCGUGCACAUGGCAUUCUCACGUUAUCUCCGGCAAAAGAUUAAUUGGUCGUAUAAUUGUAUUUUUCCGGAACGGUUUGAAGCGUUAGAAACUAAACUCAAAGAUCUUUCAUUUGAUAGGUAAUACACCAUAGAUCCCGUCCCCCUCUAAUUAAGACUUCUCGUAUGUGCUUUUAUUAUUUUAUUACUUGUGGAGAUUGUUGGUUUCGGUUUGGAAAGGUUCGGAAUAAAAUCGAAACACUUAGUUCGUUGGAAUAGGUCUGUUGUGUCAUUUAUGACUUAUGUGCUAAAUUUGGGGUCAAUCAUAG